AAUAAUUACUUUUAAUUUCAUCCACACUUGGAAGGUUUAUUUCCCUGCUUUGUUUGCGAAAGGUCAAAACUGCCUGCGUUAAGGUUUUAAGCUGCGCAACUUGAGCUAUUUGUUGUCCUUCCACCGGUGAUACAGCAAAGAUUGCACAGAUUCUUUCGUUUGCUGCAUGCCUGUUGAUGAGGUGACAUUCCUGCGCUUGGUGCGGGAGGCCACUCACGAUGAUCUACAAGAAAGGGCGAAGUUGCUUGCCGUCCUUAACCAAGACACUGCGUGGUUAAGCUUGGAGGAGCAUGAAUUUGUGCCUGUGUUACGGCAAAUCCAGCAGGAUCUUGAACAAGGUGAAGUUGAGAGUGGGACAGGAGAAGCUGAGAUACGAGAUGCUUCCACAAUAAGUACCAGGGCAUUAGACCUCUUGAUUCAAGCUGCAAAGGUCAUUGUCCAGUAUAAUGUUGAGGAUCCAUCGCCUGAGCAACUGUUCAUGGUUUCUGAGCACACAAGGGAGACACCCACUGGGUGGGACCGUCCUCGCAUAGAUCUUGAGAGGAGGAAGUAUGUUGAUGUCCUUCAACGGCGGAUACCUGCGGCCUGCAGCAGAUUUAAACUGCAUGCUCUUGACGCAAGGAACAGGGUGACACAGAAUGCCUUUGACGGCAUGGACUUUGCUGUGUGUGCCAGCAAUGAUGUUCUCAUUGUCCCGCGGCGAUUCUACAAUUCGCCGGAAAACGGCGCUUUGGCAGGCCUUCUUGUGAAGGAGCAGCUGAGUUGGCAGGAAGUUCGACAGGCUCAAGCACAGUGGUUGUUAUUUGCGAACAAUGCCUGCUUCCCUUUCUGUCAGUUCGCGACUGAUUUCAGGAGCGGCGGCAUAGCCUGUUACUGCUCAGCAAAGCAGUCCAGCUGUGACGUUAUGACCUGCAGGGUUAUCAAGGGCAUGGAUAGCUUCUGGAAGUUCUACACAACUAUGCUGGAGAGCCUACCUUCCCUCUUGGCUGAUGAUGAGGUUGCUACAGCGGCUGAGCUGGAGCAGCCCAAGCGAUACAGAUUCAAGUGGGAGGACGGAGGCAGCCGCUCUGAGUUUCUGCGCCAGCUAGUUGCUUAUUAUAACAAUUGGGAUGAUGUUGCAAACAUGAGUGAUCUGCAAAAUUUUGAUGAGUUAGCUGGGUCGGCUGGGCAUGCCUGAGCAUGGCUGCAGUUUAUCCCAGCGAUGGAACGAUUCGUGUGAAGCGUGUUAAUUUCAGCUGCUUACAACAUGCGGCAACUUAGCAGUUGCAGUGUGCAAAUGACCAGGAUUGCGAGCAUCAUGAUUUACAUACACGUCUGG